CAAGAAUUCUCUUACCACUGUCCCUCUCUAUAAUAUAGCGUUUUUUGUCUUCUCGCUGUGGUGUAUAGACUGCGAUGUCUGGGCUCGUGAAGGCCAAGAAGUUUGACUGGAAGGACAGCAACCUCGCGCUGUUCGGCUCAGACACCGAGAAGAACGUGAAGAAGUCUUCUGCAGAGACAGAGCCGGCCUGGAAUGGUGCGGGGCAGAAGGUCGGAAUCCAGAUCUGGAGAAUCGUCAAAUUCAAGGUUACCCACUGGGCCAAGAACGAGUACGGGAAGUUCUACAACGGGGACUCCUACAUCCUCCUCAACACCUAUAACGAGAAGGACAGCGAAGAGCUUCUCUACGAUCUUCACUUCUGGAUCGGAGCUGAUUCCUCGCAGGACGAGUACGGAACUGCCGCCUACAAGACUGUCGAGCUGGACACUCUGGUAAGCUCUCCUUUUCCCUCUCUCCUCCCUCUCUCUUCCCUCCUGCCUGUCUUCCUACUGUGUAUACAUACACUCUGCUUGUUGUUUGAAUGGCUACAGAGUUGGCUGUCUGGCAUGGGUGCAUUUGCCUAGGCCUGGCCAAAUGCCCAAUCUCUCUUACCACAAUGGACCUAGUUCCAUAUACACACACACGCACACACAAACUCUUAAAAAGGCCUUUCAAGAGAAUCAAGGCUAGACCCUAGCGGUGCGAGCUCCAAAACACAAUGGCAGUGGAAUUCAACCGCUGUUGAAACCGUCAAUGGAACCUGUUUCCUCACAACUCUAAUGCAUGUGUGUUGGAUGGAGUAGGAAACUCACGUAUAUAUGCGUGCUAGA